ACCUCUGUUUUUUAGAGUGUAGAAGUGUAUAUUGUGGGUGCUAUUGGGGCUCCUGUGUGUGGAACUGUGGAUGUAACUGUGGGGAUUGUGUGUAUGGUGGGUGUACCUGGUGGUACUGUGGGUGUAAUUAUGGGCAUUCUGGGUAUGAUAAGUGUAGCUAGGGGUUUUGUGGGUGUAACUGUGGGCAUUGUGUGUAAUUGGGAGUAUUGUAUACAGUAGGGAUGCAACGGUUCUUGGUAUUUUAUCGAACCGUUCAGUGCGGCCUGUUCGGUUCGAUUCACCCGGAUGGACCGCGUUAUUUCGGUGCGCGCACUAACAGAGCAAACGAACGCUCUGGUACUGAUUGGCCAGGGGGAGGGGCUGCUGAGCACGUGCUGUUGGGGGGCGGCGGUUGGUGGUUACAGUGAGUGCUUCUCCUUCUCCACACCACCAUAAACUGGCUGUGUUCAGGCAUUUGAAUGAGAUCUCUCGAAAUCUGUUCAGAAUGAUGUUAAUUAACACUUAAACACUGAAGGAGCGCAGACCUAUUAUUUAAUCAAAAAUGAGUAAGAACAGCUAAACACAGCGCUGCACGUCAAACGCAGACAAGUGGAGAAGCUCCAAGAUCUGCAUUAUUAUAACAUUCUAACUGGUGAAUUAUUUUAAACAGUUUGAUUUGUUACUUAAGGUUAUAAUAGCUUUAAUUUUAUUUUGUUUUCACCUUUUCUCGUCCAAUUCAGUUCGUUUUAAUUCUUUUUUAGAGAGAGUUUGCAAGGUUUUAAUAGUUUUUACUCAUCAGAUCAGAGAGAUCAAUCUGAGAAACACAUAAACAAACUCAGAAACUCAAUAAACUUUACAGUUUUCCCCAAUUUUCACUAAAAUGAUCAACUAUGAGUGACUGCGAGAGAGAGAGAGAGAGAGAGAGAGAGAGAAAGAUUUAUCAGUUUAUCCUCCGUGUGGGGUGUUCUGGUGUAUGAGCUAUUUACAACAGGUGCUGUAUCUCCUGUUUCACUGCUUUUAUCUCCCUUACGCUGAUAUUCUAAUCCCAUUCUUAUUAUUUUGCUGCUAGCGCGAGCGUUAUAAAAAAGAACAUCACGGAUAGGGAGCUGCCGCUGUUGUGCCGAAUCUGACUCCCUGCAGAAUUCGGCUCUGCUUCGUGAGCAGAUUUGACACAACACCGCCCGCUGUAAAACUGCUGGAGUGGAAACAGCGCGUAUAAAUAAAUUAAACAUGAAUUAACUUUUUCUUUUAAUUACCAUUUUAUUAGUUUCAAAAAAAGUUAACAAAUAUGUUUUUCUUUACUCUUAGUUUUCGUUAUUUCAUUCGUUUUCGUUAAUGAUAAUACUUGGUUACUUGGUUAUAUGUUAAUUAUCACGCCAGAGCUUUAUAUAAAAUAAAAAUAGCAUUAAAAACACAGUCUAUUUCCUGGAGCCCGACCCGAGGAAUGUGGGGGGAAAUAUCGGGCCGCGUCGGGUUCGGGCAGAGAAUCUAAGCUCUAAUAUUGAUAUAUAUCGAAACCGAACCGAUACCGUGGCCCAAGAAACAAGAUACGAACCGAACCGUGGCCACACUGUACCCUUGCAUCCCUAUUUUAGGUAUUUUAGGUGUACUUGAAAGUAUUUUGUGUGUUUGUAUAAUUGUGGGUACAUUGGGUGUAACUGGGGUACUUGGUACUGUAUGUAUUACCAGUAAAGACCUGCUGUUGCAAGCUGCUGUUUUUCACCUGUCUGUUUUAAUGACUCUGAAAGUCUGAACAUGAAUUGGCUGCAGUUUGAGCUUCAUGCAGCUGAAGCGUGUUGGAGGGCAGGAGGGAGUGUGUGCUGUUUAAACAGUAGACGCCGAGGCGUUGUGUGUUUUUUCUAAAGGUUUUUUAACUUCGUAAGAAUUUCCUGAGGGAGCAGAAGAUUACCCUCCAUUAUCCCAAACCAUGUUACCAUGGCCGCUGUGGUAGUGAGGACACUCAAGUGUGUUUCAGUUGUAAUUAAAACACAACAGAUCGACACAAAGGAGUGAACACAACCAGUGUUUAGGUUUCUAUGUGUGUGUGUGUGUGUUAAAGCAUGUGUGGAAUGAGGGCCUGCUGGAACAGCUGUAGGCAAAUAACUUUUCUUCAAAAGAAAGGCGUGUGUGCUCUGAGCACGCUGAGGCCUGUGUGGAGUUCAGCAUCCAGCAGAAACUGGACAAUAAUCGGCCAACCCUGAUUGGAUGGUGUGUGUGACGCACAGUAGAGAUGCUAACACACACCAUAAAUGAAGAGGAGACUUCACAGAGGUUCCAGAAGAGUCUGAGGCAGCAGUCACACCUAUAGCCAGAACUUCUCUUCUCACAAGAACCCUGAGAAUGCCCCAGUGUGUGAUGAAGAACCUCCUGCAGCAUGCUGUUUCAGCUCUCGCCACAGUAUUGCUUCUCUUCAGUACCACAGCAGAACCUGCAGAACCAUCCAACUCCACACACAUGCCGGAGCUCUUCACACACAAUGAGGAGCCCCGAGUUUUGGCCCUGCAGCGUCCCUGUGGUGCUCAGCAUGAGUCAUACUGUAUAAAUGGCACGUGCUCUUACAUAAAUGACCUUACAAUGCCCCAAUGCAAGUGUGACCCAAAUUUCUCUGGUCCACGCUGUGAGCACUUUAUUCUGAACACGGUGGUUCACUCGCAGCCAGAGGAAAUUGUUGGGAUUACCUGUGGAGUUCUGCUGCUGCUGGUCUGCAUCGCCUGCCUCCUCUGCUUCAGCUACAAGAGAAGGUGCUGGAGAUCACUGCCAUUAAAGAAAGGCCAGGAGAACUCGGUAGAGACACUACAGGUUUAAUGAUGCUCCUUCUUCUCAAGCAUUAUUCCACCAACAGUCCCAACAGCCAAACAGCACCGCCUAGCUGACAGUCCACGAACCUGAUACAAAUCUGGUUGUUUUCUUGUUUUCUUUUUGUAGUACCGCAUCUGAAGUUCAGAAUGUGAGAAUCUGAAUGUCUGAAACUGAACUUUAGGAUGAGCAAUGUUUCUAAAAAACCACCCGUUUUUCUUUCAAUUCAAUUAAAAUCAUCAGAAUCAAGAGAGGAAUAAGAGAGAUGUUUAUUAUUGAUAAAAGAAAGAAAGUCAUAUUUCAAAGUGUAAGAGAUUUCCAUUGAGUACUGAAUGUAUAAUUUGUGCACAUGAGUAUUUAUUAUUUAAAUGUAUUCAGUAAGUUAUGACCUAAUGUAUUUGUAUUUGAGUAUUAGCUAUUUGAUUAUUAUUUAUUGAAUUUAUUUUUCAAUUAAAGUCCCUUUUUGAAGA